AUUUUCACUUUCACUUUCUUUUUCUCUCUUUACAAAUAUUAAGCGCAUAGUCAAUAAGCAAGACAUCAUAUAUUAGCUCUUUCUUUCUUUUUUUGGCACUAAUAAGACUAAAUACUGAAUAUGGCUUCUCAACAACACUCAAGCCACGAAAACGACAACUGGAAAAAGACACUCAGCCUUCCUAAAAAAGACACGCGGCCUCAAACAGAGGAUGUUACUGCUACUAAAGGAAACGAGUUUGAAGACUACUUUUUAAAGCGAGAAUUAUUGAUGGGUAUCUUUGAAGCAGGUUUCGAACACCCUUCUCCUAUUCAAGAAGAGGCGAUUCCUAUCGCACUCACAGGUCGAGAUAUUCUUGCCAGAGCUAAGAAUGGUACUGGCAAAACGGCCGCUUUUGUGAUUCCUACGCUUGAAAAGAUCAAUAACAAGAAAGCCAAGAUUCAAGCUCUCUUGCUCGUCCCUACUCGUGAAUUGGCACUCCAGACAGCUCAAGUAUGCAAAACAUUGGGUAAGCAUUUGAACAUCCAAGUGAUGGUCACCACAGGUGGUACAACUCUCAAAGACGACAUUAUGCGUCUAGGUGAGACUGUACAUGUUGUUGUGGGUACUCCCGGACGUAUUCUUGAUUUAGCCUCCAAGAAUGUUGCUGAUUUCAGUGAGGCCAGCACAUUUGUGAUGGACGAGGCUGACAAGCUCUUGUCGCCCGAGUUUACACCCAUUAUCGAUCAACUGAUUAGUUAUUUCCCCAAGGAUAGACAGAUCAUGUUGUUCAGUGCUACUUUUCCCAUGAUUGUCAAGUCUUUUAAGGAAAAGUACCUUGUGAAGCCUUAUGAAAUCAACUUGAUGGACGAAUUAACUUUACGUGGUGUGACCCAAUACUAUGCUUAUGUUGAAGAGAAGCAAAAGGUACACUGUUUGAACACUUUGUUUUCCAAGCUUCAAAUCAACCAAUCUAUUAUUUUCUGUAACUCCACUAACCGUGUUGAAUUGUUGGCCAAAAAGAUCACUGAAUUGGGUUAUUCCUGCUUUUAUUCUCAUGCUAAAAUGCUUCAAUCUCACCGUAACCGUGUUUUCCAUGACUUUAGAAACGGUGUUUGUCGUAACUUGGUCUGUUCUGACUUAUUGACGCGUGGUAUUGAUAUCCAGGCUGUCAAUGUAGUCAUUAACUUUGAUUUCCCCAAGAAUGCAGAAACUUAUCUUCACAGAAUUGGUCGUUCAGGUCGUUUUGGUCACUUGGGUUUAGCCAUCAAUCUGAUUACAUAUGAAGAUCGCUUUAAUCUUUACAAGAUUGAGCGUGAAUUGGGCACUGAAAUCCAACCUAUUCCUCCUGUCAUUGACAAGACAUUGUAUGUUGCCCCUAACGCACUUGAAGAUGCUCAAGUUCAACAACCCAACCGUCAACAGGCUAUUGCUACUCGUCAACAGCAACAACAACGUGAAGUCUUUUCUCCAUCAAACAAUCAUCACUCUAAUUAUCCUCAACAACAACAACAACAACAACAACAACAACAACAACAAUAUCAACAAAUGAAUGGUCAACAACAUCAACAACAUCAACAAGGUAAUGGGCAAAGAGGUUAUCAUCACCACGGUAGAGGAAAUGGACGUCGUAAUAACAUGCAAAGAGGUCAUCAAUCUUCGAGAUCAUAAAGCUAGUUUUUUUUUCUUUUUUUUUU